AUGGAAUCCAAUAAUAAAGACAGUGAAGUUAUAGAUAAAAGUGUUAUGAAUGAGCCGGAGGAGGAAGACCCCGAGAUUGUAGAAAAGAGGAAAGAGAUUGAGGAAUGUCUCUCUGAUGUCGAUUCUGUUGAUGUGGAAAAAUGGAAGAAUCUAGCCAGAAGCAAAGGAGGACUUAUCUGUGAUGAAUACAGAAGAAGAAUUUGGCCUCUGCUUGUUGGUGUUACAAAAGAGGAAAUGACUGAAGCUCCAUCAUUGGAUGAGUUAUCAACGCAUCCAGAAUAUAACCAGGUGGUGCUAGAUGUGAACAGGUCUUUGAAAAGAUUUCCUCCUGGCAUUCCAUACGAACAAAGAGUGGCCCUUCAGGACCAGCUGACAGUAUUAAUACUCAGGGUCAUCAUAAAAUAUCCACAUUUAAAAUAUUACCAGGGUUACCAUGACGUGGCGAUCACCCUGCUCUUGGUGUGCGGAGACCGUGCCUCGUUCCCGCUGCUGUGCCGCCUGUCCUACGGCGCCGGGGCUCCGCUGGCGCCCUUCAUGCAGCUCACGAUGCAGCCCACGCAGCAUCUGCUCAAUUACAUGCUGCCAGUCGUGGGCAGAGCCAAUACCAAACUGGCCAAUAGACUUGAAGAGUACGUUGGAUUUCUAACAACUUAA